UUGUAAAUCACUAAAUCAGUAGCAGUCGAGUAACUCAAGUGUUAACUAAAUUCACACUCUUUUCGCUUUAGAGGAGCCGGAUCCUUUAUUUAUUACUAGUACUAAAUUGUUCGGUAGAUGUUGUAAGCUUAACCAAUCCGGGAAAAGGAAAUUGUACACUGACUGUGUCAUUUCUAAAGAGCGCGAAUGGUAAGCGGCUCGCAAAGCGCUGGAUCAAGAACGGUGGGAAAUGGUCAGAAUUGCAGAUGUCAUCGAGCUGUGCUUCUCUCUCAACCACGGUGGUGGAAACCGCCCUCCGAUGAUUGCAGUGGUAUGUUUCUGGGACACUUCUUGCAAUACCUUCGAUUUCUCAUUUGGGCAGAUGAGUAUCACCUUACUGGAGCUCUAUGCAAUUACUGGACUUCCAAUUGCUGAGAAGCAAUAUGCUCACACCAUGGAGCCCACUGUUCCAAUUGAAUUUGCCUUUGACCUGCCUCGCCCUGAAAUUACAAAGUCAUAUGGAGCCUGGGUUUCUCAUUACUCUCAGUUUGAGGACGACCGCGGUGGACUGGCCUUCCUCCAAUUAUGGUUGCUCAAGUAUAUAGAGUGUAGCACCACAAACAAGCCAACCAACAAUUGGGUACGUAUUGCUCAACUUCUGUAUCAAGGGGUUAGAAUCAAUUUGCUAUCCAUGACUCUAGGCAUGCUUUACCGAGCUCUAUACACAUUGCCCCUUUCACCAUUUAAUCACCAUGAAGUCUCUGGACCCCUCUGGAUUCUAGACAUCUGGCUACAGCUUUACUUUCCUCGAUUCCGAAACCCCAAACUGGAACUGGUUUCUAGUAACAAAGUACUUGGAAUGUCCUUUGCUGGCUUGCGCAAGUUUCAUGGCUCUCCUUAUUCAUAAUGCUUUCAGUACCUGUACAAUUUAGAUAAGCACAUACUAGAAUGCGCUAAAUUGUUUUUGAAGCAAAGAUACCUUCCUGUCUAGCACAUGACUUCAUGUGGACCAAGAGUCACUCUGUAGAAGGAUACUACCUGUUUUCACAAGCUGUAUCAGUCACUGAUCUUAGACUUCCAAUGACUGGAGGCUUUGAGUUAUAUGCACCACUCACUUCACCAGACAACUUGGAUUUGCUCAACAUAUUCCUCUCCCAUUACUGCAAAGCAUCAACAUGUAUACCUCUUGGCGUGCAACACCAAUUUCUCCAUCAGACUCUGGCUCAACCCCAAUCAAGUUCAAAGUAUCAGUCCUCCCUACAAUUGAACUAGAAAAAUUGCUACACACCAGUCAAGUUUCUCCAGAAUAUGGGGCCUGGUGGGUUGCUAUAAGUGGAGAAUUCUGGAAUAUAGAUUCCUUCGAAUACUUCAGAAACAUUUACAAGAGAGGAAAGAAGUGUCUGAUCCAUCCUCAAGACAAAGCUGCUAUGGGAGGUGCAAGCGGCCAAACAAGCUCUUCUAACCAGACUCCUCCUUCACCACCACCUGAAGACUUGUCCCCAGUGCGACGAAGAAGAAUGAGGCCAAUUUCAGAAGAUUCGGAAGAAGAAGUAGAACCUCAGGCUCAACGUCCUAGGAUAGAGAGUAUUCCACAAGCGCCCUCAGUUGAAAUU